ACAGGUGUUGCAGUCAUGAUGCUUACCGGUUUCCUUGUUCUGCUCUUCCUCAUGGAUGGUGUGUACCCAGAGCGUGAAUGCAGUUAUCAGGAUGUUUUAAACCACUUGAACCUGACCACAAACAAGGAGCUGUACACCAUGAGCCGGCCUGUUAAACACUACAAACGACCCACAUUGGUAUCCCUAGAAGUACUGCUCUAUGCCAUUCUAGAUGUGGUUGAGAAAGACCAGAAAUUUAUUCCUUAUGUUUGGACUGUCGUGAGGUGGCACAAUGAAUACAUUUCCUGGGAUCCAAGUCAGUUUUGUGGAAUUGAUAAUGUUUCUCUUCCUGUUGAAGCUUUGUGGAAGCCAGAUCUCACAAUUGAGGAAAUGACAGAGAAGGACAAAGCUCCUCCGAGUCCGUAUCUCACCAUCAAUAAUAAAGGUGACGUUGAAGUCCAGAAUGACCAGGUACUGGUUAGCACCUGCAGGAUGCACAUUUACAAAUUCCCCUUCGACACACAGCGCUGCAGGCUCUCCUUUAAGUCCAUCAUACACACUGCCAAGGACAUUCGGCUCUAUGCAAGUGACAACUCUUCAGAGGCCACAGAGUGGUCUCGUGAUUUGAUGCGGACCCAGUAUGAAUGGCUGUUCAUUAACAUGACAGUAACUUCCGAAAAUGCCAGCAGUGAGCUCGACCAAGACAUCAUCGUUUACACUGUACGUAUAACUGGCUACAGAAAAAGCAACUUUUCUUUCCUCAUGAAUAUUUUUAUGUAACGGGCAACAUUUUAUGUAAAACAAAAAAUAGUAUUUAUUAUCAGACGUGCAGCAGUAGGAACACCAACUACCUGACACAUUAUUUCACAGAUCACCAUGAAGAGGCGCCCUGUCCUCUACAUUGUGAACUUCUUGCUGCCCGUCCUGUUCUUCUUGUGUCUGGACUUGGCCUCCUUCCUGAUCUCGGACAGUGCUGGCGAGAAGAUCGGCUUCAAAGUCACUGUGCUGCUCGCUGUCACGGUGUUACAACUUAUUCUGAAUGAAAUUCUGCCUGCCUCGUCAAACAGGGUUCCACUUAUAGCGGUCUACUGUAUUGGGAUUUUUGCUCUGAUGCUGCUGAGCCUCCUGGAGACAAUUUUGGUGAUGUUUCUGAUGGCGAAAGACUGUGCAUCCCAAGAUAAUGAGGUAGACAGAGACCAAAGCCGGGGAGAGGAAUGUACCAGACAUAACAAAUCCAACUUCUUCAGCUAUCUUGGAGGUAAGACCAGGCUAGAGUGUGCAUAUGUUUAUGAUGUGUCAACAGGUGAAACAACAUCUGACCAGUUGACUAUUGCCAAAGAGGUUAGAAUUGAUUUGCACUUGGAACACAUGGCACAACAACAGCAACAAACUGAUAGAGGAGCGCAAUACCAUAGGGAAGCUCUCAAAGGAGUUGAAGGAGGUGGAGAAAACACUGUCUCUGUUCCUCAGGAAGAGGAAGCAACAGGAGAGGCCCGGCUACUGGACCAGAUUGGCUAA